CAGCUGAAGGACCUCGGGAGCCGAGUGUGGUCACGGGGUUGCCGAGGCCGUUCGUCGGUGCAGGGGCCGGAGUCGCUCGGAUUGGUCCAGGAGGAGCAGCCAAGCGAAGCCAAUCAAAUGCUGAGUGAAGGUGAGCAGGACUUCCUUUUUUCUUCUUUCUUUUUGGCGAGGUCGGCAGACAGGCCAGGCCAUGCGGAGCAAGUGGCAGACGGCUUGUUGGUUUGGGUUUGCGACUCUGACGGAAUUGCCAUCAUGCCAUGCACCAAGGAAAAGGGCUGUGCUCUGUGUCGCGUCGAUCCUCCCGGCGGGACGAUGCAUGGGUCUCAUCGGGGCAUGGGCUGCAUUUGGUCGACAGCCACUCGCCUGGGCACAGCCGGAGAUUUCUCGUCAUUACCAGAGGAGAGUCUGGCGGUCGGGAAACGGCUUGUCGUGUUGAGCCUGGCAGUGCCUUUUGUCGGUGAGUUGCGCGUACCUCGAGAUGGUGGUUCGCUGGUGCACCGUCGCGCCAGCCACUGUAGGAGCGCCGCACCUGCAGCGGAGAGAUUCAGCUCCAACCUCUUCAUCAACAAGAAGACUGCUCGGGUCUCUGGUGAUUGCCGAGUGGACUCCUCCGUACUCGUGGUUUCAGCGACGGAAAAGUGCCCACUUUCUGGAAAAGAGAUGCAGCCGGGGUUCAUCGUCCUCAGGCUCCAUCAACACUCGACCCGCAGGCGUGGAACUUUGGAGGCGCAGAUGGAUAAUGGCCAGGGGGUGGGGGGCUGGUCGGGGAGGUUAGGGGUAGUCUCGGACCCAGGGGCAAGGGGCGUCGGGGGCUCUUUCCUCCCUUGCGGGAAUGCACCGGAAGCGAACCACCUCAUGGAAGCCACACUCACUUCUCCCCACGCCCGACCGAGUCUGCCACGGCCGUCACAAUUUCAGGGCCCUCCAGAGUGGUAG